UUUUGAAAUCCCCCGUUUAGUGGAGGGAGGAAGAACAGAGCGACAAUGGGUUCCUCAUCCCUUCCCCUUCUUCCCCAACCUUUUGCGCGAAUUCCAUCCUCAACCUUUCAGCCCUCUGAAAUUUCUUCAAACCUUCACAACAACAAUGUCCGAUUCAUUUCCAUGGACAAACCUCCAACUUCUCUAACCUCUCCGUCUUUGUCGGCUUCUUCGUCCAGCUCUCCACUUCUUCAAAAAUCCAUCGCAUUGGCCGCCUCCAUUUCCCUUCUCAUGUGGCCGACUCCAGCGAAUGCCGGAUUUCUAUCAGGAUUCUCAGGAAUCGAAUCGGUUCCGGGGCCGGAAUUGCCUCAAAUCGAUUUUCUCAAUCGCUUCAAUGAAGAAAACCAGAAGAAAUACGCGGAAGCUGAUGCUAGAUUCAAAUCAUCUCCACUGCUGAAGGAACUUCUGGAGCGAUCGAAGAUGAACAAGGAAAAGAACCGUCAGAAAAUUAUUGAGAAAUAUUGCAUCCGUGGUGCUGAAUGGGGAGUCGGAGAUUGCUCGGCAGAGGGGAUGUCGCCGGAGGAGAGGGACAAUUUCAUCUCAAUGUUGAAGCAAAAAGCUGGAGUGGAUUAAUUGAACAGAACUAUGAAUUUGCCCUAAUUCUCUAUUUCAUGGUGAUCUAUUGGAGCUUUGGGAUUCAGAGCAAACAAUUUUAAUGUUGUUGUUUCACAUUCAUCACAAGGAAGGAUUAGCAGAGUGAAGCAAUUGAAACAGAAUGAGCGACAGAUAUACAUCAUCAAAAGAGAAUCAUGGUGAUUGAUUCUUCUUCUCCUCCCUUAAUAGUUUAAGCAUGGAAGUUUAGUUUGAUUGUUAUCUAAUUAUUAGUAAUACAUGUUGUCGGAUUACUAUUUAACAUUUAUGCUUAAUGAUACAGAAUGCUAUUUGAAUACUGAUUGAUUA